UAUGACUAUUAUCAUGGGUAGCAUGCAAAGUUACUAGGCCAAUCACUAAUCUAGGGGUGGGCAUCGGUUUGGCUUGGUCAAAACCGAAGUGAAAUGGAGCAUAUCGGGUCUCACUUUGCUCCAACCCCAAAACCGAAUUCAAACUGAAUUAUAUUGCACUUCAGUUUGUUUUUUAACAGCAGGCCACCAUUAUACCCCUCCCACUUCCCAAAUAUUAUUUUCUUUUCCCCCCUUUCUAUGCUUUUCUCCCUCUCCCUGACUCCCUCUCUUGCCUCUGCCUUCCUCCUCCAUCCCUCUACGCUUUCUCCCUUCCUAGUUCCCCUUCUCACCCCCACCAUGAUACCCAGCAGCCCACCACUACCUUUUUCUGCCUCUUUUGAAUCUUCAUCUAUAGAAAGCCAUGAUUCUACCCAACCAACAAACCCAGAUCUCGACUCAAAGCACAACACAUCGGCAGUUGAGAUCUUGCCUCCGGCGAAGACAGCGAUGGAGGGAGGCACUGGCGACGACCUUCUUAUCUCAUUAUUCUAGCCACCAUAUCAUGCUUAGUGCCCUCCGCCGCCGAGGUCGCACUCAGCUCGUUUUGCCACCAGGAUCAGGAUCAUAUCCCUCCGUCGCCGGGUCGCCUCUCCCAUCGUGGCCCUUCCACUCCCAGCUGCUUACAUGUGGUCCUCGCCCUUUUGAAUUGAAGUACCAGGGCACAAAAGAAAGUGAAUUGAAGGGCUCCAAUUCCAUCAACAAUGCCCCUCGCAGUUCGCACCUGCCACCUAACCCUUCCGAUUUCCAUAAACUCAUCAUCUUCUUCCGGCCCACAAAAGAUGAGUAAACUAAAAGGUUAGCAGGAUAGAUGAAAUGUGCCUCUGAAUGCUUGAGUUGGGCUAUGGGUGAUUAAUUGGGCUUAGGACUAUGUUGGGCUAGAAAGGGAGAAGCUUGGGUUCAGACAAAGUUUGGUUGUCCGGUUCGAAAUUCGGACACUCAGUUUGAUCGAAAAGACCUUGGUUUCCGAAAUAAUCACUAUCCUCUUUCGAAUUCCGAACAUAACAGAUUUAUUUCGGUUUCAGUUCGGUUUAGGUUUGGUUCGGGUUUACCGAAUUGGAUGCCCACCCCUAACUGGAUCAUUUCAGCUUAAGUUGAAAGUUUAAUAAAUUUUGAUUAGUUUU